CACACCUUAUCCGUAUUUUUAGGUGGGGCUCAGUCUGCAAGUGGCUAAGUGCAAAAAAGUGAAGAAAUCUCGUUCAAAAAUGCCCAUCUUAAUCAAAGACUUCAGUUGGAGCGAGACGGAGACUCACGUUACCCUAACAAUUCCUCUGAGAGGCGUCAGACCCAACAAGGCAGACAUAUUUUCGAGCAAUCUCUACAUUAAAGUCAAUUUCCCGCCAUAUUUGUUUGAGGCCCAUCUCUUUGCACCUGUACUAGAGGAACAGUGUAGUGCUAGGGUUGGGAACGGGGCUGUUGUGUUUAAUCUGGUAAAAGAGAGUCCCGCAAUAUGGGGGAGGUUGGUAUGCGAGGAAGAGAGUCGAGAUAAAAUGACUUUAAUAAGACAAGAAGCAAUAGAACAUGGCCACCUUAAAUACAAGGAAGAAGCCAAAGAGAAGGCAAGGAAGAAGAGAGAGGAAGAGAAAUUUGCCAUUAAGCAGCAAAUGAAGCUAGAGGAAGAAGAGAAAGACAGAAUAGAGAAGGAAAAGCAGGAUGAAAGGGAUAAAGCAACUUCAGAGCUUGAGAGUUGGAAGAAAGCUCCACCUUCUGCUCCACCUACUCGUUCAGUUCGAAAAGACGUGUGGACAGGAAAGGAGGAACAGCCCCUCCCUCCUCCUAGAGCUGGUGGAAAUAUCACAAUCACCUUCACACCACGUCCAUUCACAAACGCAGCAAGAGAAUCCAAGGUAGCUGAAGAAGAAGAAUGGCUAGCUAAGAUGGCUGCAGCACGUAAGAUAAAGCAGCCAGACAAUAAGAAAGAUAAUAAAAGGAAGGGAGAAGAGGAGGAGGAGGGUGAGAGUAUCAACGAGAGGAACCCAGAGUUUCUAAAAGACCGUGGUAAUGAAUUUUUCAAAACUGGCAACUUCGAGGCUGCUAUAAACGUUUUCACUCAAGCUCUCAAACUUAACCACCUUCUUCCAUCACUUUAUGCUAAUAGAGCAGCUUGUUAUCUCUCAACUGGCAAUACAGAAGCUUGCAUAAGCGAUUGCUGUAAAGCCCUUGAGCUCUAUUACCCCGUAGUACCUGCUAAUGUCUCGUCAAGAGCUAAGGUUCUAGCCAGAAGAGGGACUGCUUAUGCUAAGGAAGGAGAUUUGGAUCUUGCUUUGCAGGAUUACGACACAGCUGCAAAGUUGGAGCCAAAAAACUCAUCACUCCAAGAAGACUAUCAGAACUUGAAAAAGCACAUUAUGUCACUUAAGAUAUGAUUUUAUUAUAUUUUUAUUCUAUUUAUUAAAUUUUGAUUAUCAAUCAUAAUUUGAAAAGA